GUGGGUGUGUUACUCGCACAUCGCAUGCAGUCCAUCUAAAUGAAAAUUGUAAUCUAUCUAGCUAUCUAAUCAGCUGGAAAAAACUGGUUAAAAAAGGCAUUGUUGGCUAGCUGAGGGUUGCUAAGUUGCCUUUUCCAUAAAAAUACUUAAGACUAUAGCUAGGGAACGCCUUGUGCUAACGCUGUUUGCUUUGUUAGCAAGUAAAUUCACCAGGCAAGCUCAGAGUCUUACAGAAUUGAGCGAGACACAUUUGGAGAGCUUAAAGUGCCAAGUGACAAGUACUAUGGAGCCCAGACGGUCAGAUCUACAAUGAACUUCAAAAUUGGCGGUGUUACUGAACGAAUGCCAAUUCAAGUAAUAAAAGCCUUUGGGAUCCUGAAGAGGGCUGCGGCAGAGGUGAACAAGGAUUACGGCCUGGAUCCAAAGGUUGCUGAUGCCAUUGUCCAGGCUGCAGAUGAGGUCGCUGCUGGCAAACUGGAUGAUCACUUCCCCCUGGUCAUCUGGCAGACUGGCUCAGGCACUCAGACGAAUAUGAAUGUGAAUGAAGUCAUCAGCAACAGGGCCAUUGAGAUCAUGGGUGGAAAACUGGGGAUCAAGGACCCAGUGCACCCGAAUGACCACGUCAACAAGAGCCAGAGCUCCAACGACACCUUCCCCACAGCGAUGCACAUCUCCGCGGCCGUGGAGGUCCACAGCGUGCUCCUCCCGGGCCUGCAGACCCUGCACGACGCCCUGGCUGCCAAGGCCGCCGAAUUUAAAGAUAUCAUCAAGAUCGGCCGCACGCACACCCAGGAUGCUGUGCCGCUCUCCCUGGGGCAGGAGUUUGGCGGUUACGUCCAGCAGGUCAAGUACAGCAUCGAGCGGAUCAAAGCGGCCAUGCCCAGAGUGUAUGAGCUGGCAGCUGGGGGAACUGCAGUGGGCACUGGCCUGAACACUCGCAUUGGGUUUGCUGAGAAAGUGGCAGCGAAAGUCUCAGAUCUUACAGGCUUGCCGUUUGUGACCGCCGCCAACAAGUUUGAGGCCCUGGCGGCCCACGACGCCCUGGUGGAGCUGAGCGGCGCGCUCAACACGGUGGCCUGCAGCAUGAUGAAGAUCGCCAACGACGUCCGCUUCCUGGGCUCCGGGCCCCGCUGCGGCCUGGGAGAGCUGGUCCUGCCCGAGAACGAGCCGGGAAGCAGCAUCAUGCCAGGCAAAGUGAACCCAACGCAGUGUGAGGCUAUGACCAUGGUGGCUGCCCAAGUAAUGGGGAACCACGUCGCAGUUACUAUCGGAGGCAGCAACGGACACUUUGAAUUGAACGUUUUCAAGCCUAUGAUGAUCAAAAAUGUGCUGAACUCGGCCAGGCUUCUGGGCGACGCCUCGGUCUCCUUCACUGACAACUGCGUGGUGGGCAUCCAGGCCAACAAGGAGAGGAUCAACAAGCUGAUGAACGAGUCCCUCAUGCUGGUCACCGCCCUCAACCCUCACAUAGGUUACGACAAAGCCGCUAAGAUAGCGAAGACUGCCCACAAAGAGGGCUCGACGCUGAAGGCCACCGCCGUCAAGCUGGGGUAUCUCACAGAGGAACAGUUCGACCAGUGGGUCAAGCCCCACGAAAUGCUGGGCCCAAAGUAGGUGUGUUAACAGCGGGAGCAGUUCCAGGCAUAACACCCACCCUCCCACCCAUCUUUUGCAAUAAAAUGGAUCUUUGAAAAAUGAAAGGGAUGUUUUGUUGUUGUAUUGAACCGCAACACUCCUCCCCCAGCCCUGUACACCAUCGUGAUAAAGGUGGAAAUGUCAAAGUAGAUGCACCACCCUGCUUUGACUGCCUGUCGGAAAAUGAGGGGGACUAAACACACCCCUUAUUAUUCCAGAAUGGGAUGCUUAUAAUACAAACCUGUCAGUUUAGCGAUCAUGACGCAACACUCAUCCGGUUUUUUCCUCUUGUAAUCUUACCGCGCGCAUCGUAAGUGUGUUAAAAUGUUUUUCUGUUGUAACAACUGUGUCUACACGAGAGCCAAGCAUUAGAAUACUGCUUAUGCAGGAAUACUAGGUCCUUACCUAGUUUUUUUUAUUUGUUCUUUUCUGACACCUUUCUCAAAGUUUCAGACUUUUGUGUUUGGAUCUCUGGGCAGUGAUCAAUAAAAUCCAGUACACCGUAAAAUCUGAAGAAAAUCAAGCGCAUACAGUUUUAAAUAGAAACCUUUUCCAGGCACCUUGAUGUACACAUUACUUUUGCAUGCUCUGAUGUAUAUGAGACUGGAAAAAGAACAACUCCUCAGGAUGAGGGAAAGGAAUUUCAGAGUAAUGUUGGUUGUAGUUUCCUGCUAAAGGAUGUAGCAUUGUGGAAUACUUAUGUAAAGGUCUGGGACUGAUGUCUGCAAGGAUAAUCUCUGUUUUAAGAUGCCCCUUUUCCCUGUUAAACUGAAGGCUGAUGUGAAUAGAAAGUGCUAGGCUUGAAGAGUCCUCAUGCUGUCUUUAAGUAGUGGGAUGCUUUUGCCAUGGAUGUCCCUUCAGAUUCCUUCCCUAGGACAAAGGCAGAAGUCCCAGGUGAUUGCAGAAUGGCAUGUCCAUCCUCAUGGGGGAGAGAUGGCAGUGUUUACGUCCAUAAAAUCAAAACUAACGACGCUAAAUGAAAAUGCUCACGGACAGCAUUGUUCCGAGGCAGUAUUGUUGUUAAAGAAAUUUGCUGGGGAAUUACUCUUGUAAUGGAAUUGUCUCCUUUUCACUGAGAAGGGAAAUAAAAUCAAUACUAUCUCAA